CAAACAUGAAGUCAACCGCUCUGAUCCUCGUGUGCGUCACCAUCGCUACAGGCCUGUAUGUCGACCACGGUGAUCCAUACAAAUCCGGCACGUUGACAACGGGGAAAGUCGUCGUCACCGUCCUCGAAGACAAGAGCCCCCUGCAUGCCGUCGCCUACUACCCUAACGUCACCGGGGACUACGGCGUUGUCUUCUUUAUCCCGGGACUGGACGGUGUCAUUCUCAGCGCGUUCUACUCCGAGUAUCUCACUGCAAUAGCUCAGCAUGGAUUCGUCGUGGUCGCUAGUGACUACAUUUUUCCUGCGCUUGAUAACCCGUCCGGUUACCACAUGAACAAAGAGAAACUUGCCUCCAUCGCUGACAAGUACAUGGAGCAGUUUUACUGGGGCACGGUGAGAGUGUGA